AUGGAGCGCUUGUAUCAGAGAGGCUCGAGCUUGGGGCUCACCACCAGUGAGGUGGACAAAGCGUUGACGCUUGGGCGCUCAAGCCAAGAGCUGGCCUGGGUGAAAGGCAGGAGGGAGCUUUUCGAAGAAGAGCGCAUUCUGGAGUAUGAGUGCUAUGACAACAACUGGCAUGGGCAGGGACGCGCCGUCCUCACUUUGAAGAGUUGGGAGGAUGCCGAGGCAGGCCUGUUUACAGGUAGCCACGGACCUUCCUCUGACGGGUACUAUGGGUGGUUUGCGGAGCACCAGAUGGGUCUAGAAAACGGACUCUACAACCUGUGUGACUGCGAGGCUGCCCAUUGCCGAGUUAGAAAGAAAAGGGGUGAUGGCCGAGAGCUGAUCCAUGUUGACACGUGGCGCCUCUUGACGCCAGCGGCCAUGGUGGGGACUGGAUACCUCAAGGGUAUGGGUCUCCAGUUGGCCGAGGCGGCACUGGCUUCAGCUGCCAGAGACAAGAAGGCCAACACCCCAGGUUUGGGGUCGGGGUUGGAUGCCCUGCUGGCAGCUCAUGAGGAUGAGGCUCCACCGCCGAAUGUAGAUAAGGGCAGGGCAGACGCAAGAUCGCGGAGCCCAAAGAGGCGGGAAUCUAUGAAGGAGUACCUCAUGAAGCAAGCCAACAAGCAUGGAGAGGCCGUUGCCCCUUCGAAGAAAAAGAAAAAGGAAGAUAGGAAGGCAAGGUCGCAUAAGAAGCGCCGAGCUUCCUCAGACACCUCGAGUGGUGAGAGGAGUGACUCUUCGAGUUUUCAGUUGACCCCAGCCCGGGGGGGCAUCGAGCUCUGGAGAGUGGCACAAAAGAAACCCGGGCGGCUGACUCGACUAGCUCUGGACGAAAUGACGCGCUAUUUAACGGACAAGGUCGAGUCGGCAGAUCUGGAGACGAAGUGGGCGGGGCAGAGAGCGGGGGCUUAUCUGAGCCAGAUUAUUCUCGCAGCCCAUCCGUCCAUGACACUUCGAAUGCAGAGGGAACUCCAGACCAUCUCCGUGACCCUCGAUCAUCUCCUGGCGGGGCGAUUAGCCCAGGGGAGCGACACCUUGACGCAAAGACUAAAAGCCUGCGAGACAGCUUUGUUGGAAGGCAACUGGCUGACUGCCCGCCACUUGGAGCUGAUCCCCCCAGCGGCCGCCUCUCUGGUCAGGGCCGAGGAAAGGGAGAUGGCCGCAAAGCAGGAACUAAAGGCGGCAAAGCUGAAAGAGUCCCUGCGAAAGGAGAUCAAGGCACAAGCCGACCAAGCCGCGCAGAGGAAAGCAGCCCUGCGAGGGGGACCAGGCGAGGGCGUAGACCACAAAGCCGCCAAGGUAAAGGAGACCCCCAAGAAGGUGCGGGAGGUCCUGGAAUCGCUGAAAAGUAAUGGUGGAAGCCACCUCACGGCUGCACAAAUGGCCCAGUAUAUCCUCUUACAGGCUGUCACGUUGAAUGGAUCAUUUGGCCGUCUUUUGGAGAAUGCACUGAAGCCCCCAUGGGAGCAGGACGUGAGACAGCGGAACCUCAUGCCGCUGCCCCUUUGGCCAGAUGUUAGGGAUGCAAUGGAGGAGGUCUUAAUGGUUCAGAAGUACAAGGACGAGCCUGGUGAUUGGCGCUGGAGAGGAAGCACAAAGACCAAGGCUAGCCGUCCGCUGCGAAUGCAGGGCCUGCUUUUGUGGCAUAGCCUGGUGGUAGUGAGUCUAAAUUGGCUCCACAGUGGAGGCAGCCUUCAAGAUGGAGUAGGUCCUCCAGCCGCUAGAGCUUCCAGCCAGCAGGAAGCGGCUUUGAACAGACUCUGGGAGCUGGUUAAAGUCUUUGUUGACGACAAGCCCCAAAAAGGGGGGGUCCCACGAACCCCUAACUUUGACUGGGAGCAGGAGUUAGGACAGCUCCGGGUGUCGUGCACCGGUGAAGUGGUGGAGAAAGCCCAGGCACUGACUUUGGAGCAGAUCCUUCCGGGGCUGCCGACGCCGAAUCAUGGCGGGCUGGUAGACAUCCUGGAGGUGGUGGAUGACAAGCUGCGCCAACGACUGCUUAGACCAGACCUCAUGUUGAGGGAGGUCAUUGAAGAAGUGCCGCAACCACGUGUCAUGUGCGAGGACGGGGAGUGGCCAAAGGUGGUAAAGGCUUUGUACGAGAGGCACCUGGUUGUCCCCGUUAACACCAGACCCAGUGUGAGAGGGGAGCUCCUGGUGAGCGGCGAUGAUCUCACGGCGGCGUUUUAUUUGUUUAGGUUGCCGCCCACCUGGCCCCAGUAUCUGGUGCUGAGAAAGCCGGUGCCGUGGAACAUCUUUGAACCGGACCGACCGGGCGAGACCCUGGUGGGUCUAGCAGUCCUCCCGAUGGGAUGGAGCAGCGCCGAUGAGUGGUGGGGUAUCCCCACAAAUGGUGCCAAGGCCAUUGAACGUUCCAGGCAUGCAGAACGCCUGGGUGCGGUCUUGGAUGGGAAAAAUGGUCUGUUGCGGGUUUCAACCAAAAGGAGUCUGGAGUUGAUGAGCCUUGGGGCCUGGCUUCGACGCCAGAAAAAGGUGAAGAGAGUGGGCCUCCAGAUCUACGCAGGAAAGGCUGUGCACAUCUUGCAGUUCCGUCGCUGUUUGUUUUCUGUGCUGCAAGAAGUUUUCAAGGUCAUUGCCCAGAGCCAAGACAUGGUAAGGGCCAGCACUGCGCUUUAUGAUGCGAUGUUAGUUUUGGAAAGUUUGCUGCCGGUGGUGGCAUCAGAUUUAAAAGCGAAGAUUGACCCCGUGGUGACCGCCAGCGAUGCAUCAGAGACUGGAGGAGGUGCCUGUUACGCAUCUCGCCUUAGCAGGUUGGGUGUGGAGGAGCUUGACAAGAUGAUGGAAGAAGAAGAUGUGGAGGAAGCCCUGUUGUCAGAUGACUUCAGGGAUGUGGGCCAGAAGAUCGUGGUUGUGGACCUGUUUGCAGGUAUUGGAGGUUUGGACCGGGCGCUUCCAUGGUUCACUGUGGCGGUAGAGUCAGACCCUGACUGCCGUCGCCGUCUGCGCAGAAGAUUUCCAGGACUGGAGUUGUGUGCAGACAUCAAAAAGGUGGACCGAGACCAAGUGAAGCAGUGGCUGAGAAAAAUCCCGGAUGCCAAUGGUGUCAUUGUGGGAGGCGGCAGUCCAUGCCAAGGGCUGUCAAAACUGUCGGUUGACAGAAGGCACUUGGAUGAUGAGAGGAGUGCCUUGUUUCACGAUGCGGUCAGAGUGAUGAAGCUGGUCAAAGAGGAGGCCUCUUUGGAAGGCAUGUGGUGUGUCCGGUUCCUUGAGAAUGUGGUUCCUGAUGACGAAGACAUCAGAAUCAUGAGCAAGGAGUUGGAUUUGAGGCCACUGUUGGUGGACUCCAAGCACCUUUCAAGAGCCCGCCGCCCUAGGCUUUUCUGGUUAUCGAUUGAUUUGAUAGCGCAUCAAGAAGUGGAGAUUCAUCAGCAUGAAUUGUUUGACGAGGUUUGGUAUGGGGCGGCUACAGAGCCAAUGCAUGCAGUGCUGUCACAGGGCUGUAGGUGUGCGGCCAUUGGAAAUGCCUUCCAUGCUGUGGCCGUGGCAGCACUCUUUGAUCAUGCGUUGUGGUCUUUUGGAGUGAAGCCUUUAGUGGGACAUCAUGAGAUCGUGGAAGCGCGAGCAGAGGAGAUCAAAAGGGAAGCACAGAAGGUUGUGGAGCCAAGUCAAGAAAUCUCCUUGGAUCCGGCCCCAACGGAGGGUGAUUCAGAUGGAGAAUCGGUAGAAGAGCAUAUUAAUGUUCUGGAGCUGCGUGCUUUGGUCCAUACAGUGGAAUGGAGGCUGCGGCGAAAGAGCUUCAAUGGGACCAGAUUCCUGCAUUUGGCGGACUCCCAAGUCACCUUGUCGGUGGCGGUCAAGGGAAGGUCCUCCAGUCACAAGCUGAAUCGGCUUUUGCGACGAUUGGGUGCCAUGUGCACUGGCCGUGCAGCACCCAUCAAAGCAAAGCCGAAAAGAAGACAGGAGGAAACUUGGUCCAUUGUCGCAGCUAGUUGUCCAGCCCCGAACGAGAACAAGGUGGAACUGGCAAGUAGAGCCACCCCACUCAGCCCAGAGCUAGUUUUCAGUCUGGCAGGGCAGUGUUUCAAGUGGAAACAACCUCGCUUGGGCUGGCUCCUGAUCCUGGGUUUUUCAGGAUUUUUGCGCACCUCUGAACUGCUGAACUUGAAAAAGAAAGAGGUGGUUGGUGCUGAUAAGGCUUCUUGUUCCGAAGCUGUGCUGCUGUUGGAAAAUACAAAAGGCACCAAGCGCAAUUUCCUUCCGCUUGACAAGGCGCUGGGUUUGGACAAUAUGGGCUACAUGCCUUAUAGGCUGCGCCGGGGAGGUGUCACCAGCGCUUAUCGCCAAGGAGUCCCUAUGGACAUGUUGGUGACUCAGGGUCGCUGGCAGCACUUGCCCACAGCCCGAAUCUACAUUGAUGCUGGGGUGCAAGCCAUGACCCAGAUCACGUUGCCCACCAGCGCCCAAACCCGAUGCAAAGCCAUGCGGGCUUUCUUUAUUUCUGUGAGCCAGGAAGGGACGCGUGGAAACAAAAAUUUGGCUUUGACCUGA